UGGCACUCGAAGGCUAUCGCCGCUAUCGCUUGUCACCAGUAGUCUGCGCAGUCAGGAGCGUUAGAUAACGACAGCAGCAGCACCAUUCCCGCAAUGGUGUACUGCUGCGUUCCUUUUUGCAAGUCGAACGAUCGGCGGUCAACUGGGAUAUCGUUUCACGAGUUCUCCGUCACCCAGAUUUGACAGGAGUGGUUGAAGAAGAUCUCUCGACAGGCUGAAGGACCAGGAAAACAGCCAUGGGAGCCGAGCGACCGCAGCAAGGUAUGCAGCUUGCAUUUCAAGCCAGAAGAUUACAGAGAAGGCCUGAAGCUGCGCAAACUAAAACCAGAUGCCAUACCUUCAAUAUUCCCGAGCUACCCAGGGUAUAUGCAGGAACCAUCCCGAAAAGAGCGACAGCCUGUGAAAAGGUGUGCUGUGCCAGGGCUGUCACCAGACAAGCCUCAUGCAGAAGCAAAGAAAAAUAGGCCAGACAUGCCCUCUCCUUAUAGGUACCCGUCUGAGAAGAUUGAUGAGCAGGAAGACAAUUGUGUGGCUGGCAGCAGUACCGCACAUCAGGAGGAUGAAAUGCUGACAGAACCCUGCAGUGAACCCUCCUCUCUGCCUUUAAUUUUGCCUGCACCUGAAUCUUCUUUCUGCUUGCCUAAAACAUAUCAGAUGCCCAAACAUGGCAAAACUGUCCAGUGCCAGACAAGUCCAUCAAAGGCAACCAGACCACGUGGAAUGCAGACUAGGCUUUCACUGUCCCGAAUGACCAAUCUCCCGAGGAAAGUGCAAAACCUUACCCGGAAGUGUCAAAGGCUUCAGAAAAAGCAGCAUCACCUACAGGAAGAGCUCUCCACUCUGAGGCAGGAGGCAAAAAAGGCGUCCUUGUCGAUGAAGAGAACAAACGUCGAAAUCCUCCAGCAAAAGGUGGAGGAGAGCAACGAAAAAGCUCUGUUCCUUCAAGACCAGCUUGCUUUUCUGGGCAAAAAGAAAGGACUAUGGCGUGAGGAGACAGUGCGCAAGAGGUAUCAACAUUUUCGUUGCAGAUUAGAUUUUCCUGUACUGGUAUCUGAUGCUUAAAAAGCAAUGUUUGGACAAGCAUAUUAUUUACUACUGUUGCUGCAGUGUACCAUUGUUCUGGGAAUAAAACAUUUGUUUGAACCAUAA